AGAGGAAGAAGUGGCUCUAAAGCGGACGAGGACCUCUGCGACUCAGCUCCAGGCAAUCAAUGAGGACCGCGAUGCUUGUUCUCUGCCCAUCUUCUUCCUCUAUUUAAACGCAAAUCACCACAUCUCAACUUUUUUGGUGCUAAAACGAACUUUGGAUACCAGCUUUCUUUUUUUCCUCACACUUUUCUCACCCUUCUGAUUUUGUCUAAUAAAUAUGACAGCUUCUUUUCUUUUUCCUCUUGAAUGGAUUAUAAUAUGUGCCAUUUCUCACGCGCUUUUACGCACAGGAUAAAGGAAACAACAAAAAGGUGUGACAAGAGCCUGGCGGACAACUGUGGAUUUCUGCGAGUGAGUUCUAGCUUCCAGAUGGAUGAGGGGGGCAUUGGCCGGACCCCCCUCUUGAUUGAUCACUUAUUAGUCAUCCCUUUGAGCUAAAUGGGACCCAUAGAAAAGGCACCGUGGAAGACAUACAUGAAUCAAAUAUUCCCGUGUCCCCUCAAUGUUUCUAGAGUAGUUUUGCUCAAGAGAGGGGGUCGUGGCUUGAUAUUGUAAAGAGGAAAACAGCAUAGCUUUAUGAGUUUAUUUAGACACUUUGGACCGUUUCACAUUCUGACGCUGUAAAACUGAAGAGGAUUUUCCCAAAGAAGAUUUUUACGCUUGUCUCUUUUAUUUUUUUAUUACAUCUUUUUGCAAAAUGAAACUUUGGACUUUUACCUGGGUGUCUUGCCUGGUGAUUCUCAUCUUGUGCUUUGGCUCAGAGUGUGGAACAGUUAGGUUAAAAGGGAGAUCCAAGAGGGAGCUGGUGCGCCUCAGGGAGGCAAAAGGCACCAUCCCGGGCUCCUGUGCCACUCGCCUGCCCCGGGGCAAGCGCUCCGUGCCCGGGGUGGAGAGGAGGCUCGUGCGCCAGCGGCGGCGCACCUCUCAGCCCGAGAACAACUCUCUGGAGCGCGGGGAUAAAGCGGUUUACUUCACCGGCAGAGGAGACCAGCUGCGCCUUAAACCCGGCGUAGAGAUACCCAGAGGAAAUUUUACUCUUGAGAUGUGGAUGAAGCCGGAGGGAGGUCAGCGCUCCCCCACAGUCAUAGCAGGCCUCUACGACAAAUGCUUCUACGCUUCCAGUGACCGGGGAUGGCUGCUGGGCAUUCAGGCGGUCAGCGAAUACGGAAAUCGAGACCCGCGGUUCUUCUUUUCCCUUAAAACUGACCGUGCACACAAAGUGACCUCCAUUUACUCCAACGCUCGCUAUGUGCCCAACCAGUGGGCCCACGUGGCGGUCACGUACGACGGCAUCUACAUGAAACUGUUUGUUAACGGCGCCCAGGUGGGUGUCAGUCGGGAGCAGUCGGGAGAUGUCUUUAGCCAUUUGACCAAAAAGUGCAAAGUACUGAUGAUCGGAGGAAAUGCCCUGAAUCACAAUUACAGAGGGGCAGUGGAGAGAUUGGGUCUUUGGCGGCACGCCCGAGCACAGAGACAGAUUAUCAGAGACAUGCAGGGCCACGAAGACCCCUUAGAUCUACCUCAUCUCGUCAUCCGUGAAACCUUUGAACACCCAGGACGAAAGUGGCUCACUGUAAAAGACGGGAGUUUUCCACAACCCGAGCACGGCGCUGUGGGGCGGGUUGGCGGUCUUGGAUGGGUCGGAGUUCCCAAUGGCGAAAGCUUGUUAGAUAUAACGCUCGAGCCUCCCCCUUGCGGUCAGACUGUUUGCGAUAACGUGGAGGUCAUUAAAAACUUUAACCAGCUUUGGACCUUCAGACGCCCCAAAAAAGUCCGCUACCGGGUGGUCAACAUUUGGGACGACGCGCGAAGACGACCGACGGUGACGGACCAUCAGAUCAGUCUGCAGCACCAGCAGCUCAACGACGCCUUCAGCCCGUACAACAUCACCUGGGAACUUAGCAUCCACAACGUCACCAACUCCUCGCUACGGAACCGUUUAAUCCUGGCAAACUGUGACAUUAGUAAAGUUGGCGACGACGCGUGCGACCCUGAAUGUAACCAUCCUCUGACGGGCUACGACGCCGGGGACUGCACGUCGGGACACCGGGGCAGAUGUCCCGAACACAAACAGGGCAACGGGAUCUGCGAGCCCGAGUGCAACUGGGAGAACUUCAACUACGACCACGGCGACUGCUGUAACCCCGCUGUGACCGACGUGACCAAGACCUGCUUCAACCGCUCGUCUCCGCACAAAGCCUAUUUGGACAUAAAGGAGCUGAAAGAGAUCUUACAAUUGGAUGGAUCAACUCACCUGAAUGUCUUCUUUGCCAAUUCUUCUGAUGAAGAUCUGGCUGGCGUUGCCACUUGGCCUUGGGACAAAGAAGCUCUCACGCAUUUAGGUGGCAUCGUGCUGAACCCGUCCUUUUAUGGGACCUUUGGUCACACUGACACCAUGGUCCACGAGAUCGGACACAGCCUGGGGCUCUAUCAUGUUUUUCGAGGCAUAUCUGAAAUUGAGUCUUGCAACGAUGCUUGUCUGGAGACUGAGCCCUCGAUGGAAACUGGAGACCUGUGCGCCGACACCAACCCUACCCCCAAAUUCAAAGGCUGCCACGAUCCUGUACCUGCAAACGAGACCUGCGGCUCUCGGCACUUUAAAGACACACCGUUCAACAACUACAUGAGCUACGCUGAUGAUUCCUGCACUGACUCAUUCACACUGAACCAAGUUGCCAGGAUGCACUGCUAUCUGGACCUCAUCUACCAGACCUGGCAGACCACGUCCAAGCCGCCUCUCGUGCCAAUGCCGCCCCAAGUGGUCGAGCAGCAUCAUAAUUCAGUUACACUGGAAUGGUUCCCACCCAUUUCGGGACAUUUUUACAACAGAGAAUUGGGAUCAGUGUGUGAUAAAUGCACAGAAGGGGGGGUCCUGCUGCAGUACGCCUCCAACUCCUCCUCGCCGCGGCCCUGCGCCCCCUCCGGACACUGGUCGCCCCGAGAAGCUGAAGGCCCUCCAGAUGUGGAGCAGGUCUGUGAGCCAAGUGUGCGCACCUGGAGUCCCAAUGCUGGAAUCGAGCAGGGCACGGUGGGCCUGUCCGAGUGUCCUCUGCAGGGCUGCAUGCUUCAGCUGGAGUUCCCACACCCAUUAGUCCCAGAUUCCCUCACAGUUUGGGUGACCUUCUUUGGCGCUGAGGAAACAGCCCUACCGGCCAUCCACAACAUCCUGCUGCUGACGGUCAACGGGAACAAUAUCUCACUCGGUCCAAGCAACGUGUUCUGCGACACCCCGCUGACCAUAAAGCUGGAUGUUGAGGAGCGAGUGUAUGGCGUCCAGAUUUUCACCAUGGAGCAGCACCUGGAGAUCGAUGCCACGCUCUUGGCCUCUAAAUCUGACUGCGAACUGUGCAGAAACUGUGAACCUCUGCGAUAUCGCCUGCUGCGCCAGCCGCCAUUUAACCACGCCCCCACGGGUCUGAUGCUGAAUGAACCAGUGCGGAGGUACACAGAUAGGGAUCUGAUGCCAAAAGUCGUGUACACGUAUCAAGUUCAAACUGUAUCUAGCUGGAGUGAGAGCGAGCCCUCGCCGCCGCUCGUGCACCAAGUGGGCGCUCCGUACUGUGGAGACGGCCGUAUUCAAAGUUUCAAAGGAGAGGAGUGUGACGACAAAAACUCUGUGAACGGGGACGGCUGCUCCAGUCAAUGCAAGAAAGAGCCUUUCUUCAACUGUGUCGAAGAGCCCAGUAUGUGCUACUAUUACGAUGGCGAUGGGGUGUGUGAGGACUUUGAGCGGGAGACGGGGGUCAGAGACUGUGGUCUCUACACACCCAGUGGCUUUUUGGACCAGUGGGCCACCAGUGUGGAAGUGUCCCAAGAGGAGAAGCCCUACUGCUCUGGAGAGGUGGCUGCAGGAUAUCCUGCUGUGACUAAGACGUGCCAGUCGAAGGUGUUUGACUUGUCAGACGGCGUCUCGCAGUACGCAUGGUUCCCCUGCCACGGGGGCAGUCAGACACACUGGGGAAACUCCAACUACUGGCUCAAGGCUCACUUUUCACAUCCCAUGGUGGCGGCGGCGGUCAUCAUUCACCUGGCGGCGGACGGGACCAGUUACAUCGACCAGACGCAGUGCAACAUCACGGUGCAGCUGGUGGACACUAACGAAGGCAACCACAGCCUGGGGGAGUGGCGCCUCAGCUGCCGCACGAACCCGCUGGUGAUCCCCGUGAGCCACGACCUGUCCAUGGCGUUCUACCACACCAAGGCCAUACGCGUCAUGUUCAACUCGCACCUCGUGGCCAUCUCCGGCGUCGGCAUGCGCUCCUUCCAAUCCUUCGAUCCCAUCACCAUCAGCGGCUGCCAGAGCAACGAGAUCUACAACCCCACUGGACAGAGUUGUGUACAUUAUUCGUGUGAAGCCAUCGACUGCCAGGAACCUUUAAUCCGCAAUGCAGAGCUUAAGUGCAGUAGCUCCAGUCGCCACUUCUUCAACGGCGACCGCUGCACCAUCUCCUGCAACUCCGGCUACGUCCUCCAAGUCCACCAGGACGACGACAUCAUCAAGAGCCAGUCGGACUCAACGGUCACCAUCACCUGUGCGAACGGGAAGUGGAACAAACAGGUGUCGUGCGAACCCGUGGACUGCGGCAUGCCGGACAAGUAUCACGUGCAUCCUGCCAACUUCAUGUACCCCGAAGGCACCACCUACGGCAAGAAAAUCACGUUCCAGUGUCGUGAACCCGCGCAGCUCAUCGGUACCAACAACACUCUGACUUGUCUGGAGGACGGUUUGUGGUCGUUUCCGGAGGCCCUGUGCGAGCUGCGCUGCCCGGCUCCUCCCCCCGUCCCCAACGCCGUGCUGCAAACCAAACGCUGCAACGAAAGCGGUCUAAAAGUGGGCACCCUCUGCAAGUACAAGUGCAAACCGGGCUACCACGUCACUAACAAACCCAAGAGGCGGGCGUUCAAGCGGCAGUGCACGGAGGACGGCAGCUGGCUGGAGGGGGCGUGCGAGCCGGUGACUUGCGACCCGCCUCCUCCCAUCUUCCACGGCUCUUACUACUGCACGGACGGUUUCCGCUUCGACAGCAUCUGUAGACUCAACUGCACCGAUCCUGCCGGUAAUAGCGCCAGUGCCGCUGCAGGAGGCUCCGCCCAUACGAGCACCACUUCCAAUAUGAUCCGAUGCAGGAAAGAUGGAAACUGGACAGGGUCGUUCCGCCUCUGCCCGCACAGCAAAGGUCAAUGUUCUUUACCUCAAAACCUCCACCACAACCUCCAGUACUCCUGCAAACGCGGACACGGUAUAGGUGAAGAGUGCGAGCUGUCAUGCCGAGAGAGCACAAACGAUGUGGUGAUCCUCCCUAGCAACAUGAGCGUGGACAACGUACUGAGGGAGCACUGGAGGAACCCACCCAAAGUCAAGAAUAUAGUGUGUACCAUGGGACUGAAGUGGUAUCCACACCCCGAGCUGCUCCACUGCAUCAAGGGCUGUGAGCCCUUCAUGGGAGACAACUACUGCGAUGCUGUAAACAACAGAGCGUUCUGUAAUUACGACGGAGGAGACUGCUGCCAGUCCACAGUGAAGACCAAGAAGGUUAUUCCUUUCCCCAUGUCUUGUGACAUUCGAGAUGAGUGUUCCUGCCGGGACCCCAACGCCGUGGAGAACAGAAAGGAGCUGCACAUGCACUCUGUGGGCUGAGCGGCUCACGGACCCUUCACUGGCACCACACUGACAGAGGGGAGACCUGCACAUGCUGCUUAACAGGCAUACCUCUCCAUCCAUCCUGCAACUCAGACCAGCUCAAAUGUCUCAUUACACCAGAGCGAUACAUGACCACACUUAUUUUCCCUGCUAAUUAGGAAUGUUACUACACCAAAAACACAGCAAAAGGAAGUAAAAAACUAACUUUUUGGGGGGAAAUAAUAUGAAAAUAUCUUUUAAAAGUCAUAACCAAGCGUAGGUAGCAUGCAGCUGUUUCGUGGCAGAUUUGCUUCCAGCUCUAGGAUCUUGCUUUGCAUUUCUUACAUUGAACCAAAGGUAUUUAAACCAACGUGGAUGUAACGAUCUUUAUAGUUUGUGAAAGCGAAAGAAACCCAGAAAUCAAUGUUACACGUUUGUCACGGGAGGUUCUUUACGGGAUACGCGUCGUCUUAUUUGAGUUUUCCGGCUAUUUACACGUCAAAGUUUAGGAUGAAACGUGCGCGUUGUGAGGUGAGCGAGUCUAAAGUGAACUCCUGGGGAAUACUGCAGUCACAUCACUUAGUAUUCAUGGGCCAAACGAACACGAACGGCGACGCUGAUUAAACAAAUCUAUAUUCUUUGUUCGGAUCAUUUUCUACUCGCAGCUAAAUCACGAAGGCAUAAUGAAAGUAACAUUAGCAUGGCUUGUGUAAUUGUGCCGCUCCUCAUCACCCGCACAUGUUCAAAAAUCAGCGCAGCGCCUCUUCUCUUCUCUUCUCCGGUCCGUCAAAGCGUGCAUGUUAAUAUACGAAUCGUAGCGACUCCUAAAAAAAAAACAAAAAACCUUUACAGUAUGUUCAAAUCUAUCGAGUCCAAAGUUUAGGGUGCCUUUUCUUAACACACAAACGUGGCUGCGGAUGUGUCGAUGUGUUGCGAUGUUGGCAUGACCGAACAGAAAAGAAAGCGUCACACCGAGUUUUUUUUUUUCCUCCUCUCCCUUAAAUCCAGAACAUGUGCGCAACUGUAUGUAACGAUUAGUCACUUCCAUGCAUGGCUUUUACGAAUGUCCUGUUUAACGUUCAAAUCUCAAGCCGUAACAAUGACGUCAUCUUAGCUUUACGUAGAAUGUAGUCGGUGCUAGCGAGGUGUCAAAGCAUGGCCACUUGCACUGACGAUACAGCAUUUUGGACAUUUGGAUGUACUACCCUCUUAUCAGUAUGGCAGUAGUUGCGUAAAAAAAGAAGUCGUUUGCUGCUUCGAAAACGUCACGUCAUUUUGAACCAGCAAACUACGGACAUAUUUUUGUAGUUUCCUUUGUACAAUUUGCAUAUAACCUCCACAGAUUUACUAUCGAAAUGUUAUUUUAAUCCAAGAAUAUUCUAUUUUGCUUCGUAGUGUCGUUUAUGCAUCGCUUGCGGAUAAAAAAAACGGAAAAAAAACGGCCAAAUUAUCAAAUCUUCCUCGUCCGUACAACCUAUGUUGGUCCACAGAAUGGUGUGUUGAAGGGUUCUGGGUGUGUUGAACCAUAUUUGCUGCUAUUUCCUCUUUACACGACCAUAACCGUGGCCGAAGGCGCCUGUCGUUGAGACGUUUAAGGAGUCGUUUGGUAGAAAAAGGAGCCGAAGGAGCCGGUAUCGGUAGAGAGAAACCAAACCAUAAAUCCAAAAUAGUAUAAGAUAACUCUUUUGUGAAUGGGAAGGCAUGUAUUACUUUGAUUUGUACUUCUUUCUUGUUUUUAUUUUUUUACUGAAUAUUUAAUCAGUGUUUGUAUUAUUGACCUCAGUUACUGCACUUUUCGUUGCCAUGUAAGAAGAAGAAGAGAAUUCUGUAUAUGUCAGAUGGUUUAGAAGCUGCUAUUGUCAUAACCGUCAUCAAAGCCAACUAUAUAUUUGGUGAUUCUUCCUGUUCUUCUCGUAGCCUUGAGUAGUGCUUUAUACGUGUCGUAGAGAUGAAAUCAUCAGCAGAAAUGGGAGGGUGAGCCGUCUCGUCCGUAUCCUCGCCCUCGCUCGUUCUGUACAUAUGUUGUGAUACGAUCGAUAUUUGCUCUCGUUUGUCCUUUAUUUGUCUGAUGUAUGUGAGAUCACCAGAGACUGAAGGUGUAUAUUUUGGAGAAAAAAACAAAACAAACCAACAAAAAAACAAAAAAAAAUCAAACAAAAUGGGAGAACUUGGAAUGAAAUACUUAUAUGAAGAACCUCCCAGUUUUUAUGAGAUGCAUCUUCAUCAGAGAUUGUUUCAACUCUUUGUAUAAAAUAUCCUAUAUUCAUGGUAAAACAAAUAGUUAUGUUGAUAUAUUACAAUUCUAUGUAAUGAUUAUUAUCCAAAUAUAGCUGCUUUAUAUGGACCUGUUACCAGUAGGGUGGGACUGACUUCACUAAACCAAUGACAUGCAGUACUGUGGUUCCUCAUCUGCUUUUCACAUCACUGGGACGCCAUUCCAGCCUUAUGAAUAUUCUGUUGUCGUUCAGUCUGGCAUCGGACUUUUCUUUGUUUGAACAAACCCCAGAUCUCUCCAAGUGGAAAGGACACUCACUUUGAGAGAAAUCACCCGUUUGCCAUAACUUCAGAACUUUACUGGAAGGAAUUUGAAGACUGGCGUGUUGUGGAUGUCACCUCUCUACUGUAGGCAUCACAGGACUCCUCGCUGUACCUCAUGCCUGUAAUUUUUGCUGCUUCUAUAUUUUUGCUUCUCAUAACAAUGGUGUAAAUACUAGAAUUAUUUAUUGAGAGUGUUAUACUUUUUAAGUUAUAUUUAAAAGUCCAUGUAAGUUAUUUUACUUUGUUCAUAUAAACAAAACAAUUAUUGGGUGAGUUGAACUCAUUUGGUCCGUGCAGUGGAUUAUCGAGUGGACACAAAAGGCGCAAAAAAUAAAAACUGACCUUAAAGUGGACGGGCAGUGAAGAUGUUUCUAUGUAUUGAAUGCUUUGUAUCUUUUUGUUCCUAAAGCAGAAUGUAAUGUUUGUCUUUAUUGCAAUGUUUGUUUAAAUGCACACCAUGCAUAAAAGUUGUGAAGGCAAAAGUCUGAUAAUUUCUGAUAUCGUUCACCUCCACGGUGCAAAACAGAGGGGUCAUCUGGACGUU